UACAUCAAUCUUCCCUGAUAAUCACUGAUAUCGCCGAUACCAUUAAAAAGUAUUGAUAAAUGGCGGUGCUGGAUAGCGUCCCACCCUCUUCCUUUUGUGCAUCUGAAGUUGCCAAGAUGGCGUCCGCUGCAUCUCCUGAGCUGGUCUGGCAGAUGAUCAGGAACAACCAUGGCUCUCUGAUGAAGGCCCGCAACAUCCGCCGACCUUUCAGCAAGGAGGCCAACAACCUGAAGAACGUUAACUCGUACCGGUUCAACGGCUUCGUCCAGAAGAACGUGGUCGGCGUGGAGCCGAUGGCCAGCGGAAAGGGCGCCGUCCUCAUCACCAAGAAGAAGCGCAGCUCGCACAAGCCGGGUCAGAGCGUGCUGCGCCAGCCGCUGGUCAAGGGCAAGCGCGUCUCGAUCCAGAAGGUGCGCCGCGCCCUGAAGGGCGCCAGCUACCGGAAGGACCUGCGCAGCCUGGCGGCGCGCCGGGCGGCCGCCAUCAUCCGCUCCCAGGAGCCGCCGCGGCCCGCCAAGGCCAAGAAGAACUGAUCAGCUCAUACACAUACACAAAUGAUGACAAAUAUAUGGCCAGGGACAGCC